GAUUGGGUGCUAUGCCUGACCGGCCUCACAGUCUCAGGCCCUGGCCGCCUGGGGGCGGAGUCCGGGGGUGGAGAAUGUGAGUUUACCGCCCGAGAUUGCUGGCGGGCAAGCGGUGGUCUAGGGGCGGCACGGCGUCGACUUGCAACCCAGCUGAGAGGAGAAGCGCCACCAGGGAGGCGCUGAGAGUAUGAGGCUCUGGCCUCCACUGGCCACUCACUCGUGACCCUUCCACCACGGCGGAGCCUUCUAAGCCAACCUCCUGCCGUGUGGUGAUCUACCUGCAGCGGGAGAUGUCAGGGGAUACCUGUCUGUGCCCAGCCUCAGGGGCCAAGCCCAAGCUCAGUGGCUUCAAGGGUGGUGGCCUGGGCAACAAAUACGUCCAGCUCAAUGUGGGUGGCUCCCUGUACUACACCACCGUGCGGGCACUAACCCGGCACGACACCAUGCUCAAGGCCAUGUUCAGUGGGCGCAUGGAGGUGCUGACCGACAAAGAAGGCUGGAUCCUCAUAGACCGAUGUGGGAAGCACUUCGGCACCAUUUUGAAUUACCUCCGGGAUGACACCAUCAUCCUCCCUCAAAACCGGCAAGAGAUCAAGGAACUGAUGGCGGAAGCGAAAUAUUACCUCAUUCAGGGGCUGGUGAACAUGUGCCAGACCGCCCUGCAGGACAAGAAGGAGUCCUACCAGCCUGUGUGCAACAUCCCCAUCAUCACAUCCCUGAAGGAGGAGGAGAGGCUCAUCGAGUCAUCCACCAAGCCGGUGGUGAAGCUGCUCUAUAACAGAAGCAACAACAAGUAUUCCUACACCAGCAACUCUGACGACCACCUGCUGAAAAACAUCGAGCUGUUCGACAAGCUCUCCCUGCGCUUCAACGGCCGAGUGCUCUUCAUCAAGGACGUCAUCGGCGACGAGAUCUGCUGCUGGUCCUUCUACGGGCAGGGGCGGAAGCUGGCAGAGGUGUGCUGCACCUCCAUCGUGUACGCCACGGAGAAGAAGCAGACCAAGGUGGAAUUCCCAGAGGCUCGGAUCUAUGAGGAAACACUCAACGUCCUACUCUACGAGACCCCCCGAGUCCCCGACAACUCCUUGUUGGAGGCCACAAGCCGAAGCCGCAGCCAGGCCUCCCCCAGUGAAGACGAGGAGACCUUUGAACUGCGGGACCGCGUCCGCCGCAUCCACGUCAAGCGCUACAGCACUUAUGAUGACCGGCAGCUGGGCCACCAGUCUGCCCAUCGCGACUGACAAGACCCUCCGGGAGUCAGGGCACAGGACGCCCUGUCUCCCCUCCUAUGGAACCCUGUCCCUCAGGCCACCCCACGCUGCUGCUGGCUGGGUCUCUGCUCCAGCACCGGGAGGCAUGACAGGCCCUGCCUGGGAGAUCAGAGGGCCUGAGCAGGGGAGGGACCAUAUUUCUUCGCCCUGCUCCCCUGAGCACUUCGGGAUGACCGAGUCCUGGCCCCUCUGCUCAGCAUCUCCCUUCCCGCCCCCCCACCCCCGGAGCCGCCGCCAGCCCUGGGCUGAAUGGACUGACCUGCUCACCUCCCGCCGACAGCAUUCCCCUUGGCCCUUUGCUGAGCCCCUUUGCUCUACUCAAGGGCUACUUUAGGCCUCAGCGGAGGCCCAUGGGGAAUGGGUUUGCUCUCUGGGGAAGGUGGCUUCUGGUGCUGUGGAGGCCCAUUUCUUACAGGUGGAGCUCCUUUUUUCCUAAGCUGUUUAAGCACAGGCUUGAUGAGUUUGGUUUUUAAAAAAUAAUCUAGGGAAUGAUUAGUUUUAAGUCUAAUAAUGAGAGGACUGGGUAUUUCUGCUAUCCUUCCAGGGUUAAGACUCUGGAUAAAGCAGACCCUUGGUCCUUUCGAUACCUUUGGGAUCUGUUUCUUUAAGCACUUUGUACUUCUCCUCAGAUUUGGAUUCUACCCUGACCCACACUUUCUUUUUCUGAACCUAAUUCCCUCUUCCCUAUAGAAUCAAUCUGAGGGAGGGAAAGAAAAGCAGCAAUAAAAAAAAAGCCUGGCUCUGGCUUUAUCAGCCUGGCCAAGCAACCAGCCCAGAGAGCACAGAGGUGGGAAGGGUGUGUGAAUUAGGACCUUUGGUGCUAAUAACACCCCUAUAAGAAAGGAUGUUUUACCCCCGCAUCUUAUACUGACAUACUGACUCCUAGGGUCUCACAUGACUGCUGUCUUUGGUCCUCUUGCCUUUGGCUCCAAGGCAUGAUGUCCUUACUUACUGUAAAGCUGAAGAGCUGUCACAGGGGCCAGGAGCAGGAGCUGCAGCAGGACAGCUGUGGAGCCUGUGGGCACUGCACCUGCACACCCACCAGCCAAGAUCAGCAAAUGCAGAGCCCAGGAUUGCCCAUAGCCCUGUGCAGAGGCGGCUGUGCUUGGCCGUGAGUCCCCCGACCCCCAUUCAUGCUGUUGGUUUUGUGUCCUUGCUGGGGAUGGUGGUUCUGCCCAGUGGUGAGUCCCUGAACACAGGAUGAUGUGAGGUUUCUUCAUUUCCUUCUUGUUGGAUAACUUGGCUGUGAAGAUGCCAGGCACCAGGUCUUGGCCAAGGGUGCAGGUUCCUCUUCAGGGCUUUGGUUUUCAUUUCUUUCUGUUUGGCUUGGCCCUUGGGAGGCUGCUUAUUCGAAUUCUUUUCGAGAGGAAUGCCAGGGAAGGAGCCAUUCAGCCAGCCUAACAAAGCAGCAGAGCCACCUACUUGGUCAGGAAGGGACAAAGGUUAUCAAGUUUGUAUCUCUUGACUACUCUUAACUACAGCUCAGCGGCUGCUCAAGGCUGACCCCAUAGAGCCCAUGGGCAAAUGCCAGGCUGGGGUUGGCAGACACUCACAAGGACCUGAAAUGACAUGAUGGGGGGGUCAGGGAAAUAUGACUCUAAUCAGGCAUUUUACACCUGUCACAAUCUUGAAUGUCUAAAUACCUUCAGGUGAGGCACCGUGGUGAUCAGCUACAAACAGUUCUUCCAGCUUUCACCGAGGAACAAGAUGAAGACAAAUCCGUUCCCUUGGCCAGAUUCCAGCUUUAGCUUUGUGGCUUUCCCACAGAGACUGGAAUGCUUCUGCCUGAGGCCACUGGCCUCUUUCCUCAGCCCUUUAAUACUCAAAGUCCCAGAUCCCCGUUGAGGUAUUUUAAUGCUUGGCCUCUGGCCUCCCCAGCUCUGUAGCCUCUCUUUACUGCCCUGACAUCCAGAUCCCAGUGGUGAGAAGUCUCUUUCUGAGAAAGCACAGUAGUCUGGGACUCUGGGCACUUACCUCCUUGAACUAAAAAUAUCUCCUUCGUCUUAAAAUACUAACAUUGAACUCACUGAAGUAAUCUUUGCUUUUAAAAUCAGACUGUGGGGUAAGGGUUUGGGGAAUUUUCUUUUGAGUUUCUCCGCCCCACUCAGAAAGCAGCUCUUGGCUGUGUGAAAUUUUCAACUCCGAGCAGCCCAGGGGAGUGUAAACAAAGUGUGGAUGAAGGUCAGACCUUCCUGUAAGUUUCUGAGAAAACUGGAAGCCUGCUAACCACAUAGACCAGUACUUGGUUCUAAUCAAUCUGUCACCUGACUGAGGUCUGCCUGAGGGAGGGCACAGGUUCUGGCAGGAGAGAACCUCUUUGUCAUGUAACUACAAUUCUCUGUUGCUCAGCAUAGAGAUGGAAACAAACACUACUUUCUAAUAAAAUUUGUGUUACACUGCC